GUGUAACCAUGGAAAUGACUGAUAGUGCAGCAAUAGAGUGUCCACAAUGAGGUCCUUAUUCCGUAUAAAAAGGUGACAUUCAUUGCCAUUCUUCAUUCAAGGGGACAGCCAUUACCAUCUCAUUGAUCAAUCAAUUCCCAAAAGGUAACCCAAAAAAUGUGGCUCCGGCUAUCAGUUGCGUUAAUUGUCACACUUAUGUCAGUGACAUGUCAUGCUCAGUCUUCUGAUAAAUGUAUGGGAGCACCAGGGAUUCCAGGCACACCAGGAAACAAUGGUCUUUCAGGAAGAGAUGGCAGGGAUGGCAUGAAAGGGGACGCAGGUUUACCUGGGCCAAUGGGUCCACCAGGAGGAAACCCCGGACUACCAGGUAGAGAUGGGCUUACUGGAGCACCAGGAGCACCAGGUGUACAAGGGUUAAAGGGUGAGAAGGGGAACAUUGGACCUCCAGGUACUCCUGCAUCACUGGACAAUGAACUGCAGCUUCAGUUAGCUUUUAUGAACAAGCGCAUAAGGAAACUUGAAGGAGUUUUGUUCUUGGAUGGAAAAAUCCAACAUGUAAAGGAUAAAAUACUUGCAACAAAUGGCAAAGAAGUAGACUUUAAAACUUCCAAGGCAAUUUGUGAAAAUGUUGGUGGUAGUAUAGCUACGCCCAUGAAUGAAGCUGAAAAUAGUGCCAUAUUAACAAUUUUAAAGCAGUAUAACAGAUAUGCUUACUUGGGAAUCAUUGAAGGAGCAACAUCUGGAGACUUCCAUUACUUGGAUGGGCAUCAUGUAAACUACACCAACUGGAGAAGAAGUGAGCCUGGUGGGAAUGGGAAAGAAAACUGUAUAGAAAUGUACACAGAUGGCACAUGGAAUGAUAAGGCUUGUAAUCAAUAUCGGCUUUGUGUUUGUGAGUUUUAAACCUACCUUAAAUAACGAUUUUAAUUUUCCCCAAAAAUUUUUUGCAAUUAAUUCUCAAAUGAAACAUACAGCUUCCAUUAUAUUUUAAAAUAAUUGAACAAAGGUGAAAUGAUACACAUUAUUUUAUAUUUUCAGUAUUUUGCUUCUCACAAAUGAAACUACAUGCUACAAAUAUA